UCUACUAUCUGUUCCCGUCUGUGUUGAUGUCAGUGUAGUAGUAGCUGUAGGAGCUGCCUUGAAGUUUAGGGACUUUUAACGCCGGCCAAAGAGCGACUCGUGCACAGACCCGGACAAACAGUGAGGCAGUCAGUGAGGGAGUCCAGCAACCCGCCGGUCUGCGCAUCUGUCCGUAAGGCUGCACUUUACCUGACAGCCACUCAUCUCACCAUGGAUUCCUGGACUGUGUCCUCUGCACUUAUUCUCGCUGGGGUUUUUUCUUCUGCAGCUUUUAGUCAUUUCGACACCGAGUGUUACACUGCAAAUGGAGAGGACUACAGGGGUUUCCAGAACCAGACCAGCCUGCAUGGGGGGAAACCCUGCCUCUUCUGGAACGAGACUUUCCAGCACCCUUACAACACCCUCAAGUACCCCAAUGGAGAGGGGGGUUUAGGUAGACAUAACUACUGCAGGAACCCUGACGGGGACGUCCAGCCGUGGUGCUAUAUUGCCGAUCAUGAAGACGGGAUCUAUUGGAGAUACUGUGACAUCCCUACAUGCCAGAUGCCUGGUAACCUUGGCUGCUUCAGAGACAGUGGUGACCCGCCCACUCUGUCUGGCACCAGCGAGACCUCCAACAAACUCACCAUCCAGAGCUGUAUAAGCUUCUGCAGAAAGCAGAGAUACAAGCUCGCUGGUAUGGAGUCAGGAUAUGCUUGUUUCUGUGGCAAUGAAGUGGACCUACGCAACCAUGGCGAGUCACCUAACAUGGAGUGUAACCAUGUUUGCUUCGGCGACCACACCCAGCCCUGUGGUGGGGACGGCUGGGUCAUCAUCUUUGACACCCGAGUCGGGGCCUGCGGUGGAAACUACUCCUCCCCAUCAGGCGUUAUCUACUCCCCGGACUUCCCUGAUAAGUACAGCCCUGGGCGUGUUUGCUACUGGACUAUCCAGGUCCCCGGAUCCUCUGCCAUCCUCUUCAACUUCACCUUCUUUGACAUCUCAGACCAGACAGAUAUGGUGGAGCUACUGGAUGGCUACACCAAUCAGGUGGUGGCACGUUUUGACUGGCGCAGCCCACCUAGGGAGCUGGUGAACAUCACAGGCGAUUUUGUCAUCCUGUAUUUCUACUCAGACCGCACCAACCAGGCUCAGGGAUUUUCUCUGCUUUACCAAGCACUAAGAGGUCAAGAUACCCAGACAAUGGAGGCCAAGGGAGACGAGGAGGAGGAAGGAGAGGAUGUCUCCAGCACGGCAGGGCCUCAGCUUGCCAGUGGAGUCACUGAGAGAUCCAACAGCACCACAAACGGACAAUCCUCCCAGAUCCUAUACGUGAUCACGUCCAGCCCCGGUAAACCGGAGCACAACAUGCCAGGUCAGUGGGCUGGACGCGGCGAGACCAACGGCCACAGCGCUAUGUGGACCAUCUACGCUCUGGCUGCUCUCCUAAUACUGACAGUCAUAGCAAUGGUGGCGAAGCUGCUGCUGCAUAUCACAGUCAAGUCCCCUAACAUCCCAACAGUCAGUGAGUCCGAUAGCUGCAGCCAGACAACGGCAUCGUCAGAGCCUUGGAUCAUCCUUUACAGACCCUCCACCAUCUCCUUGUUUAAGAAGAAGCUAAAGAACCACCAUGGAGACCUCAGCCCCCUGGUGGGCAACUAGCACCGCUGCUGUGUACAAAACGCUGCCGCCACCCACAACUACUCUGUACAAGGGCCAUCAGAUGCCAGGCCCUCAGACAAUGAAACUCUAUGAGGCGCUACGCUAACAAGCCAACAACUGAGUAGCUAAUGACAACUGACUGAGUGACUGCCACUAAAUGGCCCAUGGGCCAAAGUGGCUACACCCUCCCAUCCUGCUCUGCAGUGAAAAGAAGGGGGACAGGCAGGGCUGUCAGAGAACUCAAUGAGGGAGAGGCGAGCAGAGGAGUGGAUGGAGGAAGAUCUGCAGCUCAGGCGAAGAUUCAAGGACGCUUUUAACAUGCGGGGAGCUUUGCUUGUUCGGCCAGGCUCCAUCUCCAUCACCCACUGAUGUCCCUAACACUCAACAUACCUCUGAAAAACCCUUCCAGACUGCAGGCUCACCAGUGAAAACACCACAGAUAACAGCCGACUUCACUGUCCGUGUUAAGUGUAUGAAAUAGAAAGGUUUGCCUCUUUCUGGUGCUUCACAGUCACUGGUAACCAAAUCAUCAGUAUCAAGGAGAGAAUCAAGUGGUGGAGUCUUGAUACACACACUCAUAUUUACAGUUUUGUAGAACUCCUCAAACUGCCUCACAUGGACGAUAAAUACUUGCAGCCAAAAACCAGAAUCUCUCCAUCCAAAGAGUUGUGUAUUUAUUUGUCUUUGAUUCCAUAUGCAAAGAUUAUUUUACUUUAUUUUUUUAACGUGACAGCUAGCUUUCAAAGGAGAAGGUAACAGGACAUAGACACAUCAUAUAACGGUAGAUCUCACAGCACUUUGGGGAUGAAUCACUCGAUGUAAAAAUAAAAAAGAUCAGAGAUAAAAGAGAGCAUGCUCGCCCACUCGUUCACUCCAUGCUCAUGUGGAUUUGGGUGGAGGGAUGAAGUAGCGUGGUUCACUCGGGGGGGUGGGGGGUGCAGUUUGCAGACAAACUGCCAUUUAGGGAGGCUCGGGAAGAUCUGAGGGCUUUUUCUGCUCGGUUGUGGGUGGGAGUCUUUCCGGUUUGAUGAUGUUCAAGUGCCUUAAGGAUCUCCUCUUCGCUUGUCUCAGAUUCCUCACAUCUGUUUCUUUCACAAAGCAGACUGGGGUCCCUCACAGGAGUCCUCACAAUCAUUGCAGAUGUGAAGAGUUUCGGUCCAGAAAAUAAGAUUUCCAACUCUGAAUGUUAAGUUAAAAAGAUGACACAUCUUGUACAGCGAUGGAAACCAGUUAUUAGUUUUUUUUAUAAGUUAGUACACUCAACUCAGCUUAACCUUUACCUUUUUGUUACAGGGUGGACAUUAGAUCUUUUAUUUUCUAAAAUGAACACAUGGUUUUUGGGAAUAGAGCUCUUCGUGUAGUAACAGACGAGGCUUUAAAUUUUUUUGUUUGUUUUUUCUGUGUGCUCUUUUGUGUAGUCUGACAUUUAUUGAACAUAUUGUUCACAUUGAGUUGUCUUACGGGGAGGGGUGAAUAUUAUUGUAUAUUAUGUAAUUCAGUGUGGGAAUGAUGAUAUUUAUGUCCUCUCUUUCAUUUUGUGUCUUGGGCAAGCACUUGAGAAAUGCAUCAAAGUGCUUUCAUCAACUCCAAAGUGUAAUACAGUUUUUUCUGUCUAAGACGGCAAUAAAUCGCCCAAAUUCAAUGAGACACUGCCGACCUGGAAGCUUUAACCUGUCACCUAGAUUUCAGGCCGAAAGGUUGAGCACAAAUAAUAAACCGAGAGAGAUUUAUGAACGAGAGUCAGUGGUGUUAUGCUCAGCUUGAAAGCAGGUUUGCAGCUGUGAUGUUUUUUUGUGCAUUGCUGUGGCAUUUAAAUGACUUGUGAAAGGUCAGACUCUCCUGGUCAACCAUUGGCAUAGCAAUUGGCUCUUCCUGUCAUUGAUCUGGUUGUUAGAGGAUGGUUCUUCAGCAGAAACUCCACGCAUCAGUGCACUUAUGUCUUAUUCUACUUUCAAAACAAAGCAGUACUUGUUCACUUUUGCAUUUAUUUUCAGUGGAAAGAUCAAGCAUACUUUCUGCAACAACCUGAGCACUUGAGACAGGAGGAUAUGUCUUAAAUAUGAUGCAACCUUACACUGAUAUUCACAACAAAAGAUGUGUUGUUUUUCAACAAUCCACCAGAAUUUGGCAUAAGAAAUUUCCCUUCCAACUAGGCGUUUCUAAAAAUGUGACUUUGUGUGAUAUGCUUCCUGCUGCUCAGCUGUAACUCGUGUUAAUUAUUGCAGGACAAGAGAAAAUGCCCCUAGGUGUGUGAUGUUCAGAGCAAAGCAUGCAUAUAGAGAGAGAAUGUGAGGAGGGGGAAGAACAAGAGCCUGGAUGUGAGAGCGACAGCGAAUUAAUCUGCAUCCAAAUCAAACACAAGUUAACCAAAUCUGACAGAUUAAAUCUAACAAGGGCAUGUUUGUUUGGAUAGCUUGGCAAAUUAUGCAAACUCACAUUUUCUGUCCCGUCCUGCAGUCGAUCAGAAAGCUUUAUGCCAUCUCUGGAGCUGUGGAAAUAAACCCAAACUGGAGUUGAUGUUGUGCUCUAUGGCAUGAAAACAACACAAGAAGCCCUGUGGGAAAUGAUCUGGAGGGGUUAAGCAUUGUUUUUUCAUGAAAUUGUAAAUAGUAAAAUAGUGAAAUGUUUAAUUUAUACAGUAAAUUAUUGUUAUUUUGUAUGUG